AUGGAUCUCAUCGACCUCACUGGUGACAGUGAUGCCGACAUGGCAACCAGCCAUGAACCGACACAGCGGGUCGGGGCCAACACUUCACCGCCGACCAGAUUCUCAGAGAGCCGUUUUCAACUACAUGAUUCAUCGGCGGCUUUGCGUGGCCAUGCCUUUCCACCGCCAACCUCGCGCUCGAGCGAGCCGUCGGCGUCUCGCUCAAGGGGCCAUUUGGACACAACCCCAUCCAAGCCCACGAAGCCUGAAUCCUCGUCUGCGAGGGGAAGUAGGGUCAGCAAGGCUUCACCGAUCCACCUUUCUCCAAACCCAGCUAUCCGGCUGGCUCCUCGCAGUACCACACCGCAGCCGAGCAGAGAUGCUGUGACACAUGAGGUGGCCGAAAUCAGCCCAUCCUUCCAAACUCCUCUCAAGGACGAUUGGAACGUGGACAAGAUCGAGCACGCUCUUUUCGACUUGUCAAAGGAGCUUGACUGGAAUCAUUCUAAGCUGGUCAACUAUAACUUGCGGACUGCCGCCGCACAGAAAGCCCCAGGACGACAACAUGUGAGCUCUACUGCGCAUCUGGCAGACCUCAAACUGUCUGCGCUGCCAUAUGAGACGUCACAAGAGGGCACUAUGAAAGUCCAUCUCAAGACACAUGGUUCGAAAGAUACGGCCCGCGCCAACUCUGGGAGGAAGAAGAUGGCUUAUGAGGUCGUCUGCAUCAAGUCUGACAAGCCACGAGUCCCAGAGUACAAGUUCCAUCACGUGGAGAUCUCAAGGAACAUAUUGACCCCGAACACAAUGCUGAAGUUCAUUCCGCAUCUGCGUGACAUGAAAGACAACGAGGAGGAGCGUUAUUCUAGGUGGAUAAAGGAACUCGAGGCGAUGGAUGCCCAGUCCGGAUUCAAUGUGACGUCUCUUAAUAGGGGCGACAAAAUGAGGAAGCGACUCAGGGAAGAAAUCGCCGCCGAGAUCUCCCUCUACGUCGAUCGGUGGACCGCAAAACUCGGCUUGGACAACUGCAACAAAUCCACCCUCGUCCGCUACAUGGCCACACAGCCUGAGCACAACGACAAGAUGACGCCGCAACAAAAGAACAGCAUCAUCCACAGACUUGAUGAAGUCAGCUCACCACGAGCCACCAAGACGGCGAAGAUGUUCACGGAAGCCUUUAACCACUUAUGGAAGCACACCGAGCUCACCCUGAAGGACGUGCUCGCCCAUGACGAGACCGUGGAGGCCGUCGUCGAAAACAAAAAGCUGGUCAAGGACGAAAAGCCUGAGGCUAAAUCAAAGGUGGCAGAACGGCUCUUGGAACUGGUCGAGAGCAAUUUGCUCACCUACACUAUCCUCGGCUGCUUGUACUGCUACUCGCACUCCUGUGAGCACGGCGAAUAUGAUCGUGACAACCAGCGGCGCUCGCUUGGCGUUGACCUGAUAGGAAGAUUUGGCGGCUUGAUGAGACAGAAUAUGGCCAAGCACCUCCGGGACCCUGAGGGCUCUGCAGACAGGUCACCCGCUCGUUGUCGAAAUCACUGCUGGCAGGAUUAUAGGUCUGGCAAUAUCAACGCGGAUGUGGAGCCCUGGACCGACGACGAAGUCGCACUUCUCCGAGGUCUUUAUGCUGCUUCGGCGGCCAGCCCAAGCCUUUGUUCGAAUUUGCCUUGCCUUGUCUCAACCUUGCUGGGACGGCCGUGUUGGGACGUAUAUCGGAAGCAGCUCCAGCUUGACUUGGACAAAUACGAAUCCCUCUACGAGCUUGCGAGUCCUGAUCCUGACCCACCAAAGGUCAAACCAUUGGCGUGGUACGAUCGUCACCGAAAGGAACUGAAACAAGAUUGGCAAGACCAUCUGAAUGCGCACGAGUUCACUCGCCGUGAAGUCAAGGAUCCUUGCACCCACAACGGCCCCUGUGGCAAGGGUUGCCCGUGCGUUGAUGCGAAACUUCUAUGCGAACGCUUCUGCCGUUGCACAGCCGAAAACUGCGCCUACAAGUUUACAGGCUGCGCGUGUAAAGCCGAGGGCAAGACUUGUCUGCAGUCGAAGAAGGAGGGCAAGCCUUGUAUCUGUGUUCAGCUCAACAGGGAAUGCGACCCAGUCCUCUGUCAAGGGUGCGGUGCUUUCGAACGGGCAGACCCCAAGAAUGCUCACGAUAUGGACCUGCACUCAUAUGGUUGCCAAAAUGUGUCUCUGCAGCGUGGCCUUUCCAAGACUGUCUUGCUGGGCGAGUCUCAAAUCGAGGGCUGCGGAUAUGGACUAUUCACAGCGGAAGACAUCGCUCAAGAUGAGUUCGUCAUUGAGUAUCUUGGCGAAUUGAUCUCACACGACGAGGGUGUCCGUCGGGAAGCACGACGCGGCGACGUUUUCGACGACUCCAAACACAGCAGUUACUUGUUCACCCUCCUGGACUACGAGGGCAUCUGGGUCGACGCGGCCAUAUACGGCAAUCUCAGUCGCUACAUCAAUCAUGCAUCUGAGUACGACAAGGUAGGAAAGAAGCUGGUCAACAUCGUGCCCCAAAUCUUAUUUGUGAACGGCGACUACCGCAUCAAGUUCAAGGCUCAGCGCGAUAUCAAGGCGGGCGAGGAACUCUUUUUCAACUACGGAGAAAAUUUCCCCAAUCUCACCAAGAAACUUCUCGACUCCAAAGAUGAAGAAAACCGACCAAAGCGCGGCGGCACUGUUAGGGGCCGAGGUGGCCGCGGCCGCGGCGGACGGGGCAGAGGGCGAGGGAGUCUCAAGAUCACCACCACCGGAACCAAGAAGGCGCCUAGAGCCUCUCUAGAUGAGGACGAUGAGGUGUCGUCAAUCGAGCCCGUCGUCCUAGACGAGCAUGACAACGAAGAUGAUGGGGACUUCCGGCCGGGACGGUCGUACAAACCAAGGAGAGCUGGGACUGCCUUGGGAGUGCGGGGCGGCCGCAAGCGAAAGAGGCAUGCCUCGAAUGACUUGGAUCCCGAUGAUCCGCCACCUGCUCGCGCCACUAGAGGCGGACGCGUUAGAGGCAGGGGUUCGCGUGGGCGUCAGCGAGGUGGCGGUCGCGGUGGAAGGCGCACCGCAACAAACGUCGAAUCCACAACUACGACUGCAGCAUUUGCCUUGGACGGCACAGACGAAUCAUCCAGUAACGGCACCGCCGCCUCUCUCAUUGAAGCUGCACCUACUAUGACGACGCACGCAAUUCUCGGCACACCUAGUAGCCGUGCCGGGCGUGGCAAGCGUCGAAAGCACCUCGAUGGUGACGAUUCCGAGUCUGAGUUCAAGAUUCAUGUCCCUAGAUCAGGAGGCAGCCAGCAUAGUCCUAGUCUGAGAAGGCGCACAAGAAGAGACAUUCCCGACUCGGAUGACGAAAUGGCGGACUUUGACCAUGGAGACAGCUUCACACGUGGAGGCACCGCGGAGGGCAGUAGUCCGAUAGACCGGUCGCAGCGCAAGAGGCAGAGGCCGGCUAGAUGUAACUUCGACGAGGGUCUGCGACGGGGCCUUCUACAGGCUGCGAACAACGAUUCUCCUCUUCCAGAAUGGAUGCUUCGUCGCAAAUCGUAUGAGCGCGCAGGCGAAUUCUACGUGCGUCUGAGGGCAGAGCUUGUUACCCCGGAACGACGUGAUCAGGCCAAAAUUAAGCGUAUGCUGGAAGAACCUCAUUCUUCGCAGCAGCGAGGCGCAAACCAGUAUGACGGUGCCGAUGACACAAUGCCCGGACAGGACGUUGACCAUGUCGACUGGGCUGACGCAGAGAAUAUCGACAAAAUACCGGUCAAACAGCCUACGAAAGUAGUACAGCAGCAAUUGACGGGCGAUGGAGAGCAUGUUCAAUCCUCGACAAUGCUGAACCAAAACACCAGGAGAUACCGCGACGCUCUGCGCAGAGGUCUACUCAAAGCUGCGGAAAACGGCACUAUCCUGAGCGGCUGGAUUCAGGACCGCAGCGUCGCCAGUCUUGGCGGCUUUUGGGUCCGCUUGAAGGAGGAGCUGCUUUCCAAAGAGCGUGACCAGGCCAAGAUUCAGCGCAUGCUGGAUGAAUUGAGGGCUUCCGAGCUGCAGGGCGCAGAGGCAGCCGAUGACGAGCUUCUUUCUGCCGGAGAAGGGGAGCUGGAGGAAGGGGAGGAGGAAAAGGAAGAGGGAGAUGAAAGCUCAGAACAGCGGAGACAAGCUGUCAAUGAUGAGGCAGAAGUGGAAAUGAGAGGUCAACCAGACAUGGAUGACGACGACAGCGAUGACGACGUCUUUGGCUUCGGCAAAGAACCAAGCCUCGAGGACAGUGCCUGCUCUGAAGGACGGUGGAAGCUUGAGAAGGAAGUGCCGAACAUUUGUUCCUAG